AUUAAAAUAUUCAUUCUUUCUUUCUGAAGGACUAUAUAUGGAGUAUGCGGCAUUGUCAAAUCGCAGCUGGCCGGGUCGAUCAGUCUACACUUGUAACUUCGACCUUUGCAGAGAAGCAAAAUCGAUCAUUACCUCAAGCUGGUCGUGAGAUUCUCAAAUAAAGAAAAAACAGAGAGACGAUCUUCACAGCUAGACAAAGCGAUCAUGACUUCUGGCGGUUCAAGAUUGCCUAUUUGGCAAAUGCUAGGUUUGGUUCUCUUUGUAGUUAUGUUGGCAUCUGAGCGAACAGAUGCCAACUAUCUUACGACGGAUUUCUAUGACCAAAGUUGCCCUCAAGCCCUUUCUAUAGUGCAGCGGAAGGUAGACGAGUUCAUCGAGGCAGAUCGAGGACUAGCUGGAGCUCUUCUGCGCUUACAUUUCCAUGAUUGCUUUGUUCGAGGUUGUGAUGGAUCUGUGCUUGUCAACUCAACGGAAGAUAGUUUGGCUGAGAAGGAUGCUCUUCUGAACAAAGGUUCUCUCAGAGGUUUCGAGGAGAUUGAUGCCAUCAAGAUGGAGCUUGAAUGUGCAUGCCCCGGCGUUGUGUCGUGUGCUGAUAUUCUUGCUCUUGUAGCCAGAGACGCCACCGCCAAGGUUGGCGGCUAUGGUUGGCCAGUGUUUCUAGGUAGAAUCGAUGGAGCCGGUUCCGUUGGUGAGGAGGUCAACGGUAGUCUACCAGAACGUACGGACAAUUAUACUACUCUCGUUGCCAACUUUGCGAGACGUGGUUUGGAUGCGAAGGACAUGGUUAUCCUGUCAGGAUCCCACACCAUAGGCGUAGCUCAUUGUGGAGCGUUUUUCGAGCGAUUGUACAAUUUUGAAGGGACGAACAAGACAGAUCCCUCGAUGGACGCAUCACUGGCCACAUUUCUGAAGAAGAGAUGCCCCAUUGACAAGCCUUUCGGAUUGAUGGCUCUCGGCGGAACGAACGGGACAUUUGACACUGACUAUUAUCAGAACCUUCUAACCAAAAGAGGACUACUUGAAUCAGAUGUGACGCUCACAAGCGACCCCUAUGGUUUGGAAAUUGUCACCAAAGCAGUGGAAGACCCGUCGUGGUUCUUGACCGAGUUCGGAAUUUCUAUGAUCAAAAUGGGCUUCAUUGAGGGAACUCAUCCCUACGGCUGGAGAAAACAUUGCGCCGUCAUCGAGCCACGGGAGAAGUAAUACUACUGAUCGUUAUUUUGAUUACCACUAUGCAGAUCAUGACUCCAAAGGGCUGGAAAACCAUUAUGGACAUCUUGAGUCAAUUCUGCCAAUAAUGCUUUGAAGUCUACAUUACGUAGAUAACCUGCAAAUAUUUCUUGAAAUAGUACAUUUAAAACUUUUUCGGAUCAUUCUCGGGACCUUCUUUGACGAGUCCUGCCAUUUUUUUCCAAUACUCCAGUCACACUUGUAAAAAUGUCAGUUGAAACUUACAAGGACAACUUGUACAAUAAAAGUCAAGUUUUUCUUUCAC